GCGAAAGGCAUAUUAGCGAGAAAGAUCCUUAAAAGUUGUUUCGGUUAAAAACGAAAUCUGGUGCGGGAAAAGUUAAUCCCGCGAAACCUCUCUCAGAUUGAAAUCGAUCAUUUCUCUCGAAAGCACGGAUCUUUGCCUCGAAUCUACGGGACCCAUUCAUGUGCUCGAAGAUCUGUGUAGCAAAUCUGAGAUCAGAAGCCACGGCGAGUUGAUCUAUAUGCUGUGUUUGCAGAUCUGGGUUUGGUUGUAUUUCUGAGUGAAAAUUAACCCAACCAUGUGCGACCAAGGACCCGUUUUUCUAGGGUCUCUCGUGUUGGGUUUCUUCCUCUUGUUCGCAAAUGGACAAGGGUGCUCAAAUUCGAGCUCAUUGAUCGGUUUCGAGUCUGAGUUCAAGAUGUUUCAACACCAGCUUCGAGGGGUUUUCACCGUCGUUGAUGAUUGUUCGUUUAGGGUUUCUCGUUUCGAUAUGCUAUCUGGCGCCGAUGUUCAUUGGUGGGGUGCGAUGAAUUCUGAUUUCGAGAAUAUGACUGAUAAUGGCUUCGUGAUCUCUGAUCACAAGCUUAACCAAACAUUCAACAACGAAUCUUUCCUUGUCCAUUUGCUGGGUAAUGUUACAUGGGAUAAGUUAGGUGUGGUUUCGGUUUGGGAUUUACCUACUGCUUCUGAUUUUGGGCAUGUUCUGCUCUCUAAUACUACAGAGCCAGAUUCGUCUUCUCCUUCAGAGAGCAAAGAUGUUGUUGUUGCUCCGGGGAAAUCGAAUAACAGCGAGCCCUAUAAGGCUCCUACCAUGUUUGAUAACUGCAAGAAGCUUUCGGAUAAGUAUAGGCUCAGGUGGAGCUUGAAAGCAGAGGAAGGUUAUGUAGAUAUUGGUCUAGAGGCUACAACUGGUUUACUGAACUACAUGGCGUUUGGUUGGGCUAAACCGAACUCUACCUCGAACUUGAUGUUGAAUGCUGAUGUUGUGGUCACCGGGAUUAGAGAGGAUGGCUUCCCUUUUGCUGAUGAUUUCUACAUCACGAAGUCGAGUGUGUGCUCUGUGAAGGACGGUUUUGCUUCCGGGGUUUGUCCUGACACUGUUUAUGAAGGACCAGAUGCAGUUGGUACUUCGGUGAAUAACACUAAACUUGUUUACGGGCAUAGGAUAGAUGGAGUUUCGUUUGUUAGGUAUAGGAGACCGUUGAAUGAUAGUGAUAAUAAGUUUGAUUUUCCUGUGAAUCCAAAUGAAAGCCUAACAGUUAUUUGGGCACUUGGGGUGAUUAAGCCACCAGAUGUUAUAAAUCCUUACUAUCUCCCAGAGAAUCACGGUGGUGUGGAGUCAGAAAACUACGGCCAUUUCUCGCUUAAUCUUUCGGAUCAUGUGGAUGAAUGUUUUGGACCAUUGGAUGCAGACAAUAAGUAUGAUCAAGGUGUGAUCAUCGCUGAUGCAAACGCGCCUCUCGUUGUCACGGCUGGACCAUCUGUGCAUUAUCCGAACCCUCCAAACCCUUCCAAGGUGCUGUACAUUAACAAGAAAGAAGCUCCUGUGUUGAGAGUUGAAAGAGGGGUUCCUGUGAAGUUCUCAAUAGAAGCAGGACACGACGUUUCUUUCUACAUAACUUCGGAUUUUCUCGGUGGGAAUGCUUCUCUAAGGAACAGAACUGAGACGAUCUAUGCAGGUGGGCAAGAAACUCAUGGAGUAGUGGCGAGUCCUUUAGAGCUGGUUUGGGCUCCUAAUAGAAACACACCUGACCAACUCUAUUACCACUCGAUUUUUCAAGAGAAAAUGGGUUGGAAAGUGCAGGUUGUGGACGGUGGACUUUCCGAUAUGUACAACAACAGUGUUAAUCUAGAUGAUCAGCAAGUUAAGUUCUUUUGGACCAUAGUAGGUGAUUCAAUAUCGAUUGCAGCUCGUGGCGAGAAGAAAAGCGGGUAUCUUGCGAUUGGUUUCGGUAGCGAAAUGGCAAACAGUUUUGCUUACGUUGGUUGGUUCGAUAGAAACGGAACAGGGCAUGUAAAUACUUACUGGAUCGAUGGAGAAUCCGCUUCCUCUGUGCAUCCCACAAACGAAAACAUGACAUACGUGAGAUGCAAAUCCGAAGAAGGAAUCAUCACGCUGGAGUUUACACGUCCCUUGAAACCGUCGUCAUGUAGUCAUCGAGAUAGACCCGAGUGUAAGAACAUGAUCGAUCCCACGACUCCUCUUAAAGUGAUUUGGGCAAUGGGUGCUAAAUGGACAGAUGGUCAGUUAACUGAGAGAAACAUGCACUCUGUUACAAGUCAGAGACCUGUCCGUGUUAUGUUAACACGUGGAUCCGCAGAAGCGGAACAAGAUCUCAGACCGGUCUUGGGUGUUCAUGGGUUCAUGAUGUUCCUCGCUUGGGGAAUCUUGCUUCCCGGAGGGAUAUUAUCGGCAAGAUACUUGAAACACAUUAAAGGCGAUGGCUGGUUCAAGAUUCAUAUGUAUCUUCAAUGUUCAGGACUAGCCAUUGUCUUCCUUGGCCUUCUCUUUGCAGUAGCUGAGCUUAAUGGUUUCAGCUUCGGUUCAUCGCACGUCAAGUUUGGUUUCACAGCCAUAGUUUUGGCUUGUGCUCAGCCUGUGAACGCUUGGCUAAGGCCUGCGAAACCUGCUCAAGGAGAAGUGAUCUCUUCGAAGCGAUUGAUAUGGGAGUAUUCUCAUUCGAUCGUUGGUCAGUCAGCUGUUGUGAUUGGAGUUAUCGCGCUUUUCACGGGGAUGAAACAUUUGGGAGAACGUAAUGGAGCGGAGAACGUUGACGGGCUUAACCUUGCCCUCGGGUUAUGGGUCUUUUUAGGUGUGGUCACUGUUGCGUAUUUGGAGUAUAGGGAACGAGGAAGAAGAAGAGCGAGGAGUCUCAGCAGAGGAAAUUGGGUUUUAGGGAAUGUUGAAGAAGAUGAUUCGAUUGAUCUGAUAGACUCGAGAGGAGGUUUCAGAGAUAAAGAUGAUGAAGAAGAUAGAAAUGGAGGAGGGAGGAUGGAAAUUCAGUUAGAGCCGUUGAAAUAAUAGUUUUUACUUCAGAUUAUUUUUUCUUUAUUUUUAUUUUUUGUUUUCAUUUUUUCCCUUACCGAACAACAAAACAGACACGAGAGGAGGAGUUUUGUCUUUUACGGUUUUUUUAUACUUUAUAAAUGCAAUGGUCAAUAUAUUGUAUCUAUGCAUUAGAAUUUGUA